GAGCUCUGACCACUAUAGAAAGAAAGCUCGAGAAGAGAGAGACGCUAAUGGCUCCGAAGCGUAAGGCCAAGGUCGUCAAGACAACGAAGAAGGUGGUCCAAGAAACUGUCGAGGUCACUCUCGUCGAGAAGGAUCAGAAAUUGGCUGCCGAAGCUGAAAAUGGCGUCGAAACACCGCAGCAAGAAUCGGAGAAAGAGGUCGUGAAGACCACCGUAACGGUGGAAGACAAGUUGGCGGAAGAAGCCGAACAAGAGACAGUCGAAAUCCCCGUGCAGCAGCCACCACAGAAAGAAACCGCCACUGAAGCACCUCCAACGCCUAGCCAACCGGAGGCAAAAGACAAGACCCAACGCCAGAAAACAACGCAAGAAGGCAAGAAGGACCGCAGAGAGCAAGAAGACGUCGAGGCAAAGAACCAGCCAAAGAGAGCCAGAGAAGUGGACGAGAAGGCAAGGGGAGGGCGACGGAGGCGGAGGCGGAGAGUCGGGGAAGGAGGUGGGGAGGAGCAGUACAAGAGGUACGUGUUCCGGGUGCUUAAGCAGGUGCAUCCGGGGCUCGGGAUAUCGUCAGCCGCAAUGGAAGUGCUCAAUGGCUACAUGAACGACAUGUUUGAGAGGCUGGCCGCUGAGGCAGCGAGGCUGUCGAGCUACGCGGGGAUCAAGACUCUGUCGUCGCGGGACAUCCAGGGCGCAGUCCGGCUGGUGCUCCCCGGCGAGCUCGGGCGGCAUGCCAUUGCGGAGGGGGCUAAGGCCGUGACAAAUUACAUGGAGCAUGACGGUGGCGGUGGUGGUGGUGCCAAGUCCAAGCCUUAGGAUGGUUUCAUUUAGAGCUGGCUAUGUGGUUCUUUGACUGAGUGUUUUUUCUUUUCGGACUUUUUGGUGAUGGUGAAUUUGUAUUUUGUGA